CACAAACCAACACCACACAACUGAAAAAUAACGACAGCUAGUCCAAUAGGUCAACUUUUAUUAUAGAUCUUACGAAUCUCGCUUGUCCUGCAUACUACUAAUUGUCUCGGGUUGGAGCGGGGCCCACUUCUCUCCAUUUUCCGGUCCAAAUUUCGGUCGGAAGCGUUUUGCUGCCGACUGAAUUCACAUUUUGCUACCUAAUUAACGGCUAGCUCAAAAUGAUGUCUGUCAUGCCAUUUCCUGCACUGCCAUCCGCACCGUCAUGGUUCCCUGGACACAUGAACCGAUUCACGAAGCAGCUUCCAGCACUACUGUCCCGUACAGAUGUUGUCCUGGAGCUCAGAGACUCUCGUCUACCUCUUACUAGCAUUAACAAUAAUCUAGAAGGUGCUAUCAACAAAUGGAGGGCCGAACGAGGACACCAUUCCACCCACGUCACUCCCCUUUCCCUCACUACAUCUAGGAAUUCGUCCCUAGGAUAUGGUGGCCCAAUCUGCGAGCGCAUCGUGGUCUUAAACAAGCGCGAUUUCGUCCCUGAAUGGGGCAUCGAGCCCUUUAAGAGAGCCAUGAAGACAAAAUUUCCCCACCAAACGGUGCAUUUUGCUUCUUGUAAUAAACCGCGAGACAUGAGAUCCCUGAGCGAGAUGCUCGUAAAUAUAGCCAAGAGAAACCCUCAUGCAACUGAGAUGAAUGUCCUGGUGAUUGGUAUGCCUAAUGUUGGCAAAUCAACAUUACUGAAUUCCCUUCGUAAUAUGGGUAUCCCAGGUCGGACGCCAAAGGCACUACAGACGUCUGCACAGCCUGGUCAUACACGCGCUAUCUCGACCCGCCUUAAGCUCUCAGAAGAUCCGCUCGUAUAUUCAUACGACUCUCCUGGUGUAAUGCUACCAUUUCUUGGGAAAGGCGAUCGGGGUGCAGAGCGAGGAGUCAAGCUUGCUCUCAUAGCCGGCAUCAAAGAGAGUUUAUAUGACAUCGAAGCGCUUGUUGCAUACUUGCUGUAUAGGCUGAACGUGUUAAAUCCUAUUUCGCCAGCAUACUUGACGCUCCUCCCGCCUGGUUCACGACCAUGUACAGAUGCGGAAGAUUUUUUGGAGCAACUUGCGAUACGGCUUAAUAUGCUGUCACGAGGGGGUGAGAAGGACACCGUGAGAGCAGCAAAGUGGUUCGUAGGAUGGUGGCGUAACGAAGGCGGUCUCGUAUCUGCUUCUGUUCCAGAAAAUCUUCCGACGGGGUCGGAUGGAACUCAUGCACCGUUACUGCGACGUGGAUGGGGUUUCGAUUUCGAAUGGACGAUGGACGCGUCUAUGAACUCCACCGGCGGCGGAGGUUUUGAAUCGGCGGUGCAGACGAAAAUGGAAGAGUGCAUAGAUGAAUCGAUGAGAGCUGCGAGCGAGGACGAGCGGUCAGGAGUCGGGAUUAGUGCAACCCAAGAGAGGAAACGUAGCUGGCAGGAGAAGCAGUCCAUGCGCGCUGCGAAAUCCAAGGCGAAGUUUGCUGCACGUAAAGCUGCAUAAUUGUCCACGGUGUUUUCUAUGGCACCCCGCAUUACUUACGGUUCAUCUGUAGCCACAUAUUACGUUUAGUUGCGCCCAAUUACUCUAAUACCUAACGGACCCAAUGCGCCCUGUGAAAUCUCGCUUGCAGACAUGUUGCCGCGGUGAUCCGUG